AGUCAGAUUCAGGAGCAGCAGUCGGGUGCAAUAAACAAACUGAGACCAGUGGGAAGCUGCAGAGACGUUUCAGUGGCCCGAAGAUGAAGACCCAGAUCUGAUGCAUAACGUGAGAGGGUCAGGGUUAAUGGAGGACGGAGGAGAGACAGCGGAGAGACAGGUGGACACGGACGACAACGCAGACACGUUGACAUCACAACAUCGUGUUGAUCUUUCAACACAAGAUGGAGGAGCAUACAGUCAAAAGCAUCGUCCAGCUGUCCAAAGAAAAGCUUUGCAGGCUGCCGCAGUGAUUCUGACACUCUGGCUGGUAGUUGGAAUCACCGUCAUAAUCAGAUUCAAUUUAUCAAUACUUUGGGAAAAAUACCUGCUCAGCAAAAGGUAUGAGAAGCUGCAGAACAGUUAUGACAACCUCAGAAACAGUCACCAGUUAAAGGAGACAGAAAGCCACGCAGAGGGGAACUCCACAAGAUGGAAGAGAUUUCGAUGCAGUUGUUACUACAAAUCCAGUGAGAUGAAAAGCUGGAUGGACAGCAGGAGAGACUGUCAGAGCAAAGGAGCAGAUCUGCUCAUCAUAAACAGUAAAGACGAACAGGAGUUCGUCAGUGAGCUGAGCCAACAUGGAGCUUCCUGGAUCGGCCUGCAGGCAGUGAAAAGUGAUGGGUGGCAGGAGGACGUGGAAUGGAGAUGGGUGGACGGAUCGAAACCAACAUAUAUGGCCUGGCAUGUAGGAACAAACAUAAGGCCUGUGGACGGAUCCAGAGGAUACAUCGGACAGCAAGGAACAUUUCAACACACCACCAGCGGAUCCAAACACUGGAUCUGUGAGAAAAAGUCAACAGCAACAUGAAGAUAUUGUUAAGUCUACAAAUGCUAGUAGUGUAUCCGACACAGUUCAAUUUGUUAUUUUUGUUCUUUAUCUGC